AUGCCCCUGAACGCCGGAGGCACCGGCUACGGCAGCGUGGCCGCCCCGGGACUCUCGGCCAGCGUAACAGGUUCAGAGACGGCCUCUCUGCUCGUCCCGGACCUCGAACCGGACCAGCAUUGGCGGCCCAUGAGCAAGGAGGACCUGGAGUUGUCUGCUGGGGGCCCCGGCUGGAGGAGGGUGCGGUGCUACCUGGUGGUACUCUUCUGGCUGGCCUGGUUGGCGAUGCUCGCCACCGCCGUGGCCAUCAUCGUGACCAGCCCACGGCCGGUGCCUGCCCGGCUCGGCUGGUGGCAGAAGUCGCUGUUUUUUCAAGUGCAGCCGCAACCUGUGGAGUCAGGCGCCAUCGAAGCUCUGUGUGAGCAACUUCCCUACCUCAAGUCUUUGGGCGUCGAUGCUCUCAUCCUGACGGGGUUGUUUGACCGGUCUGCAUCCUUGGUAAACGUCACCGAGACAGGGCAACGGUCUGGAACGCUGUCCCAAGUCCAGCAUCUGCUCAGCGAGAGCGACAAAGCAGGCCUCAAAGUGGUGCUGGACGUGUGUGGCGUGCGGGUUUUUGCUCCUCAGGAUGACGUCAAGCAGCAUGUGCUUCGCUUCUGGUUGGGGAAGGGAGUGGCUGGAUUUUUAAUCUGUGACACGGAUGAAGCCUAUUCAGAAGAAACUCUGUUGACCUGGAGAAGCAUUCUGGAUGGGUUCAGCCAAGACGAAGAAAGGAUCAUUGUCGUGAAACAAAGCGGAGACCUUCUUCCUCCUCCGAGAGGCUCCACCCAGGACCAGCUCAACGACACUUUGGUGGAUGUGGUCAUGAGGUCGGUGCUGCCAGCCUCGCCUCACCCGCUGUCCGCUGGUGAAGUGGCCACGGCCAUUGAGAGCCACCUGCAGACACCUGAACACACGUGGCUUGGCUGGCAGGUUGGAGGGAAAGCGCCUUCUGCCUUGAGGAAAGUGCUGCUGGUGUUGAUCAUGACCUUGCCAGGGACGCCUGCACUCCAGUAUGAGGAGCUGGACGCAACACAGAGCGGUUCUCAACAUGACGGAGCAAAUAACAGUGAAGCAUCAGACUUCCAUGCAGACAAAGUAAAGCUUCGGCGUUCCGCUGCGGCCCUCCUCACCUCCCUCAGUCACAUCAGAGCCCGAGAGGAGGCGCUCCUCUUUGGAUCCUUCACUUUCCUCCCCUGCAACGCCUCCUCCUCCUCCACAAACUCCACCCUGUCCCCCUCUGCCUCUUCACCCCCCAUCCUGGCCUUCCUGCGCUCGUGGGGCUGUGUCCACUUCCUGGUUCUGCUCAACAUCGGGCCUGAGCCUCACGCCCUGGACCCCGCCUGGGGCCCCAGCCUGCCCGAGGCUGGCGUAUUUGUGUCCAGCUCUGGAGUAGAGCGCUUGGGGGCCGUCACCCUCAAGGCGCUGGUACUGCAUCCCCGUGAGGCCGUCGUCAUCAAACUGUUUGAACCAGGAAGCUACUCAUAAAAAACGAUUGUAUUAUUUAUGGCAAUGGACAAUAAAAUGGUGAAA